CUGGUGCUCCAUGAGCAGCUCCAUGACGGGGAGAAGUCCCACACGUGCGUGGAGUGUGGGAAGAGCUUCAGGUGGAACUGCCGCUUGAUUGUGCACCAGAGGAUCCACACUGGGGAACGGCCCUACGAGUGUGGGGAGUGUGGGAAGAGCUUCAGCGUGAGGUCCAGCCUGAUGAAGCACCAGAGGAUCCACACUCGGGAGAGGCCCUACGAGUGUUCCAAGUGUGGGAAGAGGUUUACGACCAGCUCCCAUCUGCUCCAGCACUAUCGUAUUCACAGAGAGGAGAGGCCCUUCCAAUGCCCCGACUGCGGGAAGGGAUUCAAGCGCAACUGCACCCUCGUCACCCACCGGCGCAUCCACACUGGGGAGAGGCCCUACGAGUGUGAUAAAUGCAGGAAGAGGUUUCAGAACAGCUCCAAUCUCCUCCGGCACUAUUGGAUUCACAGAGAGGAGAGGCCCUUCCAGUGCCCCGACUGCAGGAAGGGAUUCAAGCAGAACUGCACCCUCAUCACCCACCGGCGCAUCCACACAGGGGAGAGGCCCUUCGAGUGUCCCCAGUGUGGGAAGAGCUUCUCACAGAGCUCUCACUUGACCCAACACCAACGGAGGAUCCACACUGGGGAGAAGCCCUACGAGUGUGGGGAGUGUGGGAAGAGCUUCAGGGGGAACUCCGAACUGAUCAGGCACCAGAGGAUCCACACUGGGGAACGGCCCUACGAGUGUGGGGAGUGUGGGAAGAGCUUCAGCGUGAGGUCCAGCCUGAUCAGCCACCAGAGGAUCCACACUGGGGAGAAGCCCUACGAGUGUGGGGAGUGUGGGAAGAGCUUCAGCCGGAGCUCCAACCUGAUCAGCCACCAGAGGACCCACACUGGGGAGAGGCCCCAUGAGUGUUCCAAGUGUGGGAAGGGGUUUCAGACCAGCUCCAUUCUCCUCCAGCACUAUCGGAUUCACAGAGAGGAGAGGCCCUUCCAAUGCCCCGACUGUGGGAAGGGAUUCAAGCACAACUCCACCCUCUUCAAGCACCGGCGCAUCCACACUGGGGAGAGGCCCUACGAGUGUGAUAAAUGCAGGAAGAGGUUUCCGACCAGCUCCCAUGUCCUCCGGCACUAUCGGAUUCACACAGAGGAGAGGCCCUUCCGGUGCCCCGACUGCGGGAAGGGAUUCAAGCACAACUCCCACCUCAUCACCCACCGGCGCAUCCACACUGGGGAGAGGCCCUACGAGUGUCCCCAGUGUGGGAAGAGCUUCUCUAGCAGCUCUAGCUUGACCAAACACCAACGGAUCCAUGAUGGGGAGAAGCCCCACACGUGCGUGGAGUGUGGGAAGAGCUUCAGGCGGAACUCCAACCUGAUUGUGCACCAGAGGAUCCACACUGGGGAACGGCCCUAUGAGUGUGGGGAGUGUGGGAAGAGCUUCAGGCAGAGCUCCAGCCUGAUUGUGCACCAGAGGACCCACACUGGGGAGAAGCCCUACGAGUGUGGGGAGUGUGGGAAGAGCUUCAGCCAGGGCUCCAGCCUGACUGUGCACCAGAGGGCCCACACUGGAGAAAGGCCGUACAAGUGUUCCGAGUGUGGGAUGUGCUUCAGCCAGAGCUCCAAACUGGUCAGCCACCAGAGGACCCACACUAGGGAGAGGCCCUACGAGUGUUCCAAGUGUGGGAAGGGGUUUCAGAACAGCUCCCAUCUCCUCCAGCACUAUCGGAUUCACAGAGAGGAGAGGCCCUUCCAAUGCCCCGACUGUGGGAAGGGAUUCAAGGACAACUCCACCCUUGUCAAGCACCGGCGCAUCCACACUGGGGAGAGGCCCUACGAGUGUGAUAAAUGCAGGAAGAGGUUUCCGACCAGCUCCAUUCUCCUCCGGCACUAUCGGAUUCACACAGAGGAGAGGCCCUUCCGCUGUCCCGACUGCUGGAAGGGAUUCAAGCACAACUGCAACCUCAUCACCCACCGGCGCAUCCACACUGGGGAGAGGCCCUACGAGUGUCCCCAGUGUGGGAAGAGCUUCUCCAGGAGCUCUCACUUGACCCGACACCAACGGAGGCACCGGUAAGGGAAGCCCUGCGAGUGCCCCGAGUGCAGGCAGAGCUUCGUGCGCUGCUCCAGCUCCAUCCCCCACUGGAGGAGGCACUUUUGAGAGAAGCCCCACAAGUGCUUGGAAUGUGGGAAGGGUUUUAGUCGGAGCUUGCACCUGAUCCAGCACCAGGUGAUCCACACUGGGGAACAACCCUAUGAGUGUGAGGAGUGUGGGAAGAGCUUCAGCUGGAGCUCCAGCCUGAGGCAGCACCAGGUGAUCCACACUGGGGAGAGGCCCUUUGAGUGUGAGGAGUGUGGGAAGAGCUUCAGCCACAACUCGGUCCUGAUCCAACACCAGAGGAUCCACACUGAGGAAAAGCCCUUUGAGUGCGGGGAAUGUGGGAAGAGCUUCAGCCAGUGGGGGCACCUGAUGCAACACCAGAUGAUCCACACUGAAGACCUGCCUUACCAGUGUGGGGAAUGUGGGAUGAGCUUCAGAAGGGACCUGAUGCAACACCAGAGGAUCCACACAGGAGGGAAGCCCUAUGAGUGUGUGGAAUGUGGGAAGAGCUUCAGCCAGAGCUCUGGCCUGAGGAGACAUGAGAGGAUCCACACUGCAGAAAAGCCCUAUGAGUGUGGGGAGUGUGGGAAGAGCUUCAGCAUGAAAUGCCAGCUGACGGAACACCAGAAGAUCCACACUGGGGAAAAGCCCUACAAGUGUGGGGAAUGUGGGAGGAGCUUCAGAGGAAGCUCGGCCCUGAUUCGGCACCAGGUGAUCCACGCGGGGGAAUGGCCCUACACCUGCUUGGAAUGUGGGAAGAGCUAUGGGUGGCACACUGACCUGAGAAAACACCACCAGGGCAUCCACAGUGGGGAGAAGCCCUACAAGUGUCCCCAGUGUGGGAAGAGGUUUCAGACCAGCUCCAGUCUCCUCAUACAUCAGCGGAGUCAUACAGAGGAGAGGCCCUUCCAGUGCCCUGACUGCGGGAAGGGAUUCCAGCAAAACUCCAAACUCACCAUCCACCACCGCAUGCACACCAGGGAGAGGCCCUAAAAGUGUGGGGAGUGUGGGAAGAGCUUCUCACAGAGCUCAAUUUUGACUAAACACCAACGGAGGCACCACUGAGGGAAGCCCUGUGAAUACCCCGAGUUCAGGAAGAGCUUCAUGCACUCCUCCAACUCCUUCCCCCAUGGGAGAAUCUGUGUCGGAUGA